ACACAAUUCAUGAUUCUCAUUUGCAACGAGGCUGUCAAAAACUGUCGUCGAGAUCGUCGGUUUGCUCUACCGAAGACUAAUUCGCUGGAAAACUAUUUAUUCCCUCGUUACUCGAAUCUUCAUUUUUUCUCGUCCUCCGAUUUCGCGCGCUCCUUCGAGAUGCUUCCGUUCAAUAUCGUUCUGCUACUGACCGCCACCGCGAUGACUUCUGCGGCCGAACUCCCCGACUUUAUUCACGUCUGCAAGCGGAAGGAUCCGCAAGUGAACGAUUGUAUAGCGAAAAGCGUCGAAUUUCUGCGACCCUAUCUGCUGUCCGGAGUUCCCGAGCUGAACAUACCAUCCCUGGAGCCGUUGUACUUGAAGGAAUUGGUCGCUGCCGAAAGUACCGGAUUGAAAAUCACCGCCAGAGAUAUACGAACCUACGGUGCCAGCGAUUACACCAUCAGAGGAUUCAAGCUCGAUUUCGACACGAUGCACUGUCAAUUCUCGAUGGACCUCCCUCACCUCUACAUCGACGCGAUGUAUCACGUGGACGGCAAGGUGUUGUUGUUGCCCAUCGCAGGUUCGGGACCGAUGCGCGGCAAUUUCACCGCUUGUACCGGAUCCGUGGACCUCAAGGGUGAGGUGAAAAAAGACGCGAACGGCGAGGACCGUCUGCGUUACACGGAUUUCCACGUCAAGUUCACCGUGGGCAACGGCUACGUCGAGCUCGAAAAUCUCUUCGGCGGCGAUCGCACAUUGGGCGACCUCGUCAAUUCGGCGAUAAACAAUAACUUCGAUGUAUUUCUCCGUGAACUUCAGCCACUGUUGGAGAAAGCUUUGUCGGAAACGUUUCAAAGAAUUGCCAACAAUAUCGUCGAACCUUUUACCUGGCAACAAUUGUUCCCGGAUGAUUGAUCGGUCGGUAGACGUCCGACGUACGUUUGGGGCGUUUUAGAAAUAAUGUUUGUUUUUUUUUUUUCCCUCUGUACAAAUCCGAAAUAUUCGGAAAGAUUGUUAGCGAGUAGAACGAAGAAAAAAAACGAAAAAUAAAAAUCACCCGACGUAGGGAGAUAAACUUAUUAAAAAUCCAUUCAUAUUUUAUGAAUAUUCUAGGGCGUAUCUGUUGAUCGUUAUAAACUGUAUAGUGAUUAGAUAAGCUUCAGCAGUAUGAAUAAUUCCAAGACUGUUGUGAAAAUUAUUCCGCCGGUGCGCAUGCGAUGGAAAGUUUUUCUCAUUGUUAUUAUCGUCACCCGAUAUUUAUAAUUUACGGUAAAAUCAAUUUCGCGUAUCCCUAAUCGUGCAUAAAGUAACUUAAUUUAUAGUAACUUAGCAUACAUGUGUACCGAAUAAAAGAAAGAAAAAAAAAAAAACAA